AUGAGUAUUUUUGAAGUUAUUUUGUGGACAAGUAUUGCUCUGCUGUACCUUUGGGAAGGUCUAAAGAAGUACUUGAAGCACUUCUGGCUGUCCAAGAAUGUUUCUUACAUUCCCGGACCGCCGAUGGUUGGCGUGAUCAAGAAUGUUCUGCUGAACAGAACUAGCUUUCCCGAAAUGUUUGUUUCCCUUUAUAAUCAUCCAAAGACAAGGAAUGACGCAGUGACUGGAUUCUACUUCUUCCACAAGCCUUGUCUUCUUAUUCGUCAUCCGGAGCUCAUCAAGAGAAUUCUCGUGAAGGAUUUUUCUCAAUUCCCAAACAGAAGAAUGGCUUCAGAUCCCAAAAGUGAUCCCAUCGGGAAUUAUAAUCUUUUGGUUGCAAAAGGAGACAUUUGGAAGGCAAUCAGGACAAAUUUGACUCCAAUUUUUACAUCACAUAAUUUGAAAAACUUCUUUGCACUCAUCUCUGAUAUAUGCAAGGAUCUGGAAGUCAAAUUGGCCAAAGAAAUCCCUUCUGGGGGUUCUGCAGAGAUAAAUGUGAAGGAAUUGGCAAGUCUUUAUACCAUAGAAACGAUUGCUUCGUGUGCUUUUGGCGUGAUUAUCAAAUCAUUCUCAAAUCCAAAUUGUGAUUUCAUUAGAAAUAUGAAUGAAGUGGUUAGACCAUCAAAUUUUAAGCGAAUCCUUGAAUUUGGAUCAUGUUUCUUCUUCCCGGAAUUUGCCAGUGCCUUCAAACUAAGACUCUUAUCGAAAGAAUCGGAACAAUUCCUCAGGACAACCGUGUUGGAUGUGAUGAAAGAGAGGGAGAAGAGUGGCUCGAAGAGAAAUGACUUAAUUGACGCUCUUAUAGGGAUAAAGGAGACUUUUCAUGCAGAUGCUCUGGUCGCUCAAGCAGCACUUUUCCUUGCGGCUGGAUAUGAAACGUCCUCAUCCAUGUUGUCCUUCGCAUUGUACGAAUUGGCCAAGCAUCAGGACAAACAAGAGAAGCUUAGGAAAGAACUUGUGGACUUUUCCAAGAGUGGAAAAGACAUGAAUUAUGAAAAUUUGAGCAACUUAGAGUAUCUGAAAAUGGUUUUUCAAGAAACUCUUCGAAUGUAUCCGAGUCUCUCUUUUCUGGAGCGUAUUUGUCAGCCUACAGCUGGAUCAGAGACUUAUUCUUUGGCACCUUUUCACGACUUUUGUGUUCCUAAAGGGAUGCCUGUCUACGUUCCGAUUGUCGGUAUUCAGAGAGAUCCUAACUUCUUUCCGGAUCCUUACUGUUUUCGUCCAGAACGAUAUACCGUCACCGCAGACCAUCCAAUCGAUCCACGUGUGCUUCUAGGAUUCGGACAAGGUCCGAGAUCCUGCAUAGGGUCACGCUUUGGAAUGCUGCAAGUAAAAAUGGCACUGGCAACGAUCUUGUCCAAGUAUCGAGUGUCUUUCUGCAGCAAAACACCUCAAGACAUUGCGUUUGAUAAGAAAGCAGUGCUUAUGUUUCCAGAAAAGCCACUAAUUAUCACAUUCAGGAGAUUUAAUGAUGAUCAAUAAAUAAAAAAGAAAUUCUGUCG